AAAAUCAACUGAAAGGUAUACUUAAAUUUGUAAUAAGACGAUGAACGUCAGCGAAAGAAUCGAUAUUGAUAAACCAUUAUGGGAUCAGUCUACAUAUAUUGGUAGACUGAAACAUUUCGCUUUCAUUACCGAUUGCCGUAUGAUUUUUGUGAACGAUCAGAAAUUAAGAGAAGCUAAACAAUUCUGUGAUGAUUACAAAAGAGGCAAUAUACCUACUGGAACACGAAUGUCCGAUGUUAUUCGUGCAAAGCAACUCAGGGACGGUGCAUUUCAUUCAGAAACUGGUGAAUUAAUACCCGUUAUUACUAGAUUGUCCUUUCAAAUGCCUACUUCAGUUAUACUUACGACGUCUAUGUUAGCGUGUCAAAAAAGUACCCUUGCUAUAAUAAUAAUUCAAGCAGUACAUCAAAUACAUAAUGCUAUUGUAAAUGACGCGUACAAAAGUAAGCUAAAUGGCGAUGAUAAAAGUGCAAAAAAAGCUUAUUUAUGUGCAGUUGCAACAGGCUCUAUCAUGACUAUUUGUUGCAAAAGAAUAUUGGCUCAAAAAUCAUAUACUUUUACUAGGAAUCUGCCAUUUUGUGCAGUGACUACUGGUCACAUAAUAAAUUUGCCAGUUAUACGUUACAAAGAGAUCAUAACAGGAAUUCCAAUAUACAUGAAAGACAAAACAGAACCUUUCAUGAAAUCAAAAGUAGCAGCUGUGAAGAGUAUUUGUGAAUGUUUAGUCUCAAGAAUGGCUAUGUCCAUACCAUGCUUUCUUCUCAUUCCAAUCAUCACUCAGAAACUUAUGCCCUAUUGUUUUUCUCAGCGUCGACCAUGGAUCUUAAUUCCAAUUCAAACUGGUUUAUGUGCUAUAGGCUGCAUAUUUGCAAUUCCGUCCGCCCUUGCGAUUUUUCCCGAACGAAACUCUAUGAGUCCGAUAUUGAUGAAGUUGCAUCCAUCCGAAUAUGAAGAGUUUAAGGAACAUGCGAAAGAACAUAUAGAUAAAGUGUAUUAUAAUAAAGGUCUAUAA